UUCGCAUUUUUGGUGGUUCAAAAGUGAAAAUUAUAGCAACCCAUUACUCCACUUUAGACUUUUAUUUGUGUUAUGAUUAAAGCCUUAAAUGUUCAUGCCUUUGCCUGUUCCUUUCAUUACUUUAUCAGAGGGUAAAUCCGUUUUGCUAAAGCUUCUACUCAAUACAUUCUUUACUUUAGUCUUUAUGGGAUACUGGAAUAGUAUUAUCAUAUCAUCAACACUCAACAGACAACCUCUUUAGAGUAUCUACCAGAUUUAUUGUCUAUAAACACCUUUCACCACUCUUAAACGGCUAUUUUUCUUGUGCUUGCAGAUCUUCUCUUCUAUAAAUACUUGUGUUUAUUUUUCCUCGUUUACCUUAUUUGUGGUAUCAAAACUGGGUAUCAGAUAGAGUAAAUAACAUAUCUUGGACCAACAACCAUCAACAUAAGUUUUUAGUUGAAUCGGUUCCUUGGCCGUAUUUGAAUGCAAGUUGUCAUUAGCAUAAGUUUUUGGUUGAAUUGGUCUUUGACAGUAUAGGAAUGCAAGUUGCUACCAAGUUUUGUUGAUAUUGUUUAAUAGAGUAUGUGUUUCUAUGGAAUCAACUAAGUAGAAACGUACAAUGUCCUACUUGAUAGCUUAGCUCAUUUUGUUUUGGUAAGUCUUUAGUAUUUCACGAUUUUGCUACAACCAUGGAUAUGAGCAAAUCUGUGUCUGGGACUGAGAAUAUGAUAGAGCAGACAGAAACGUCGCUUGGAGAGAUGAGCGAUUGGACUUGGUCUGAUCUUUUGUCAGCUCUAAAGGAAAAUCAAGAUUUGACUGCUGAUGCCUGUAAUUCUGGUUUAUUUCAAAGAUGCUUAAAUACUCUUGUGGGGAAGUUGACGCUGCCUGCUGAAACCAGCCCGUGCACAUCUACUUCAUCACCCGACAGCUUUGGUUUUCGGCUUUCAUGUGAUUCUCGGAGCACAGAGAGCUUGCGAACAAACAGCUCCCGAGCAAAUCGGUGGUUCGACGAUCUAUUGGUUCUGAACGAGAAUUUUAUCGAUAUGGCUGUCAAAUCUAUGGUGUCUUUAGAGUUAGACCAUGGGACAAUAAGCAGGUUCCUCUUUCAUUACCAGAAAUCAAAAUUUAUUCAUGCACAAUCAGAUGAAAAGUGCAGAAUACUUGAGAUGGUGGUCAACAAUUUAGGUUCUCUUGAUCAGUGUUCAGUACCAAUCAAAAAUUUGAUGGGGAUUCUAAGAAUUUCACUAAUCUACAACAUAAGUGAAGUCACCAGAAGUAGAUUAGAAACUAUGAUUGGUUCGAGACUCGAUGAAGCAACGUUGGAUAAUCUCCUCGUUCCAUCUCCACCAGGGUUGAACUAUCUCUAUGAUGUGAACCUUAUUCUAAGGUUCCUAAAAUCAUUUCUUAGUGAAGGGUUAGCUAAUCUUUCAAAUGAUAGAAUUAUAAGAGUUGCACAAUUAUUGGAUUUGUAUUUGGCAGAAGUUGCUCCAGACCCGCGUUUAAAACCAUCCAAGUUUACUGCUCUCGCCACUGCAUUACCCGACUCUUUCAGAGACUCGUACGAUGAAAUGUACCAUGCCAUGGAUAUGUACUUGGAGGUCCAUACAGAUCUAUCCGAGGAAGAGACUUUUAAUAUCUGUUCUGCUUUGAACUAUGAGAAGCUCUCACUAGAAGCAUGUUUUGACCUUUCAAAGAAUGUAAAAUUCCCAUCAAGAUCGACUGUUCAAGCCCUUUUAUCUCAACAAACGAAGCUUAAAAGUUUGGUAGAUGAUGCAAGUCAUCCAAAAUCGCGCUCUUCUUCACCUUAUUACAGUUCCGGUGGAAAUGGAGUCAAAAGUAGAAAAGAUGAGCAAGGUGAGCAGCUUGUUCUUUAUGCUGAAAAAAUCGAUAAUGUGAGUGAGGAUGAUAUGAUUAGAGCACAGUUACAAGGAAUGCAAUGCAAAGUGACAGAGUGGAAGAAAAUAUGUCAGAGAAUGCAAAAUCAUGUGGCAAGAAUGAUGAGAUCAAAAUCAUCUAGCAAUAUGAAUGGCAGAUCAUUGCAUAGACUAUGCUCAUAAACUCACAUGUAGUAUAGAUGUUGUACGUUUUUUUACUCAAUUAUUAGCAUUUCUUGUACAUCAUUGCUUUAAUUGAGUGUCAUGAUAUUAUCGCUUUAUCGCUGCAAUCCUUCUUUUGAUCUAUUCUAUAAAUCGAGACGCUAGAUGUAAAUAAAAAUAGAACGCAAUUUGUUGAA